CGCAUUUGUCAGCUCUGAAAACUCGACAGUCCUCUAGCGUAGAUAGAUAGUUACAUGUUUUGAAGUUAUAUCGAACAACUCAUCCCUACUUCGAAGACCGAUGUUUCUCUUAAGAAGGUUUCAAGAUAUUCCAAAACUCGGUUAUUUUCCUGGUUUCCUGAUUCACCCUUCAUUCAGUUGACUGACAUUUAAUUCGUUCAUCUUGAAGAAUGGUGUACUGGAGAACACUCAUGCACAGAUUGUGUCCUGCUCAAUUCAGACAGCAUAUCAGAUCUUGUCCAUCUUUCAUACGACCUGCAUUCUGUAACUACCUUAGAGGGUUCCAUGCAACGAACCCUGCUAAGACAUAUGAUGUACGAAAAGUGGAGCUGACAACACUUGAACAGAGGAAACUCACCUUCGACAGUCAUGCAUUUGUUCAAGAACUGGAAUCUAACGGGUUUGAAAAGAAGCAAGCGGAGGUGAUCGUGACAGCACUGGUGGCUCUCACAACAGCCAACAUGGACAUUGUAUAUAGAGAUAUGGUAACGGGAGCCCAUCAGGAAAUUGCACUUCAACAAAUUAUGGCUCAUUUGGAUUCUAUUAGAAAGGACAUGGUUAUUUUGGAAAAAAGUGAAUUUGCCAACUUGCGCUCAGAAAAUGCAAAAAUGAAAACUGAGCUUGAACAAAUCAAGAACAGAUUGUUUGAGGAAAGUCAAAAAAUCCGGGCAGAUGCUAAAUUGGACAUCAAUCUGGAGCGAAGCAGAGUCACUGACAUGUUCACAGAACAAGAGAAAAAACUAAUGGAGGUCAAUGCAGAGUUCCAUAAAAAGAAUGCUGAAAUUGAAAGUAGUGCAGUGGAAACUACCAAGAAAAUAGACAUAGAAGUGGCUUCAUUGAAAACCCUUCUGGAAUCACUCAAAUUGCAGACUGUUCGAUAUCUUGCAGCAUGCAUCUUCUCCUGUUUGGCUAUUGCCCUGGGUUUCCACGGUAUAUGGAAGUAAAAAAAGAUUGUACAUUGCAAUUUCUUCAAUAAUCUAUUACUUCUUGGGGUUUUUUUAAGUACAUUUUCAUGUUCUUUUUUAUAUUUUCUUUUGCUGUUACUGUCUCUUUAAGACAACU